AUGAGUGUCGCACGGCAAUACCACACAGCAUCCAUACUAGCAAAUGGAAAAGUGUUAGUUGCUGGUGGUGAAAACGGCAGUAGUUAUUUUAAUAGUGCUGAAUUAUAUGAUCCAUCAACGGGUACUUGGACAAACACAGGAAACAUGAGUGUCACACGAUCUGCUUACAGAGCAUCUAUAUUAGUAAAUGGAAAAGUAUUAGUUGUCGGCGGUCAGAACAGUGCUGGUAUGUUGAAUAGCGCUGAAUUGUAUGAUCCAUCAACAGGCACUUGGACAACUACUAGAAAUAUGAAUAAUGCACGAAAUAAUUUCCAAACAGCCACAUUAGGAAAUGGAAAAGUGUUAGUUAUUGGUGGAUAUAAUGAUGCUUCUACUUUUCUCAAUAGUGUUGAAUUAUACAAUUCAUCAACAGGUACCUGGACAGCCACAGUAAACAUGACUGUCGCACGAUGUGCUUUCAUAGCAUCCAUAUUAACAAAUGGAACAGUAUUAGCUGCUGGUGGAUACAACGGUAACUUUAUCAAUAGUGCUGAAUUGUAUAAUCCAUCAACAGGUACUUGGACAACUACAGGAAUCAUGAACGUCGCACGACAGUAUCAUACAGGAACUAUUUUAACAAAUGGAAAAGUAUUAGUUGCUGGUGGACAGAGCAGCAGUGGUUGUAUCAAUAGUGCUGAAUUGUAUAAUCCAUUAACAGGUAUUUGGACAGCUACAGGAAGCAUGAAUGUCGCACGAGAGUAUCACACAGCAUCUUUAUUAACAAAUGGAUAUGUGUUAGUUACUGGUGGACAGAACAGUGCUGGUCAAGUUAAUAGCUCUGAAUUGUAUAAUCCAUCAACAGGUAAUUGGUCAAUCACAGCAAACAUGAAUGUCACACGAUUUUAUCACACAGCAUCCAUAUUGGCAAGUGGAAAAGUAUUAGUUAGUGGUGGAAUAGGUAGCAGUGGUGUUGCCGUCAAUAGUGCUGAACUUUAUCAAUAA